GAGCUGUGCUGCCGAGACAACAGUACCCAUUUUACGUUUAGGCGAUCACACUCCUUGAUCUUCUCGACUUCUUAUUCAGCAAACAGUGCUUGAGACAUGGGAACCGGGACUCAAAGCCUGCGGACUGCAUCUCAACUAGUCGCGAGUUGCAUCUUUGAGGCCCCUGCACUAAAAGCUGAAUCCUUAGGCUCCUCAAGUAGUCCUGUUGCUCCUCCAUGAUCUUGCAAGCCAUUGUGGGAGCCUGACUGCGGCCAGUAAUUUCUAUGGAGCCAGUUCACUCUUUAAGUCACGGUGAAGGAGCCACACUGCUGGAGCACACCAGCAGCCUGCUGAAAGCCACCGAGGACAUCUGGUUCAGAUGCUGUUUCUGCACCUAUGCCACCAGAGAUCAACAUGGAAUCAUGAGCCACCUUGUGUGCAAUGUUGGUGAACAAAUGAAGUGCCAGCAUCCUUCCAUGUUCUCUGGCUCUGGGUCAAAAGUGCCCAGCAACACUCGAAAGCACAAGAGUGACAAGUUGUACAAGUGCAAUCUGUGUCCUCAAGCCUUUGUUACUAAUUUUCAUCUGACCAGACAUAAUCAAACACACACAGGUGAAAAGCCAUUUAAGUGCAGGUUGUGCCCCCAAGCCUUUGCACGGAAGUGCAAUCUAAUAAGCCAUAAUCAAACACACACUGGUGAAAAGCCAUUUAAGUGCAAGCUUUGUCCCCUAUCCUUUGCUCGGAAUAUUCUUCUGAAAAUCCAUAAUCGAAAACACAGUGGUGAAAAACCUUAUGAGUGCAAGCUGUGCCCUCAAGCCUUUUCUCAGAAUAGAUAUCUGAUCGACCACAAACGAAUACACACUGGGGAAAAACCAUUUAAGUGCAAGCUUUGCCCCCAAGUCUUUACUCGGAGUUCACAUCUAAGAUUUCAUAACCAAACCCACACUGGUGAAAAGCCAUUUAAGUGCAAACUUUGUCCCCAAGCCUUUUCUCGAAGUUUCGUUCUUAGGAGCCAUAAUCUAAAACACACUGGUGAAAAGCCAUUUAAAUGCAAGCAGUGCCUCCGAACCUUUUCUCAUAACUCCAGUCUGAUCCGCCAUUAUCGAACAAACACACAGUGUUUAAAAACCUUACAAAUGUGAACGAUGCCCCAAAAGCUUUGCUCAGAAUAGGAGCCUAAUCCACCACAAUCAAAUGCACACAUGCCUUGCAGUUGUCCUGUAAGUGGAGCCUGCCAUGCUUUAUAAUGUGUGCAAAAAUUUCACUCAUGCAGAAUUGUAUGCCAUUUUAAUUUAAAUGUACAUAUGCCCAAGUGCAAGCAAUGCCCCAUAGCCUUUGCUCGGAUUAACAGUUAAUCUCGCCAUAUUGAAGCGCUUAUGCGCAAUAAGCCUCACAAGGUCCAGCAGCAUCCCAGGUCGUUUUCUAUACGGUCUUGAAUAAUUAAGCUCAUACCAACACACGAGUUUGAAAAAACCUAAGGGCAUUUGCAUAAAGACGCUGGCGGCAAAUGGGCCUUCCAAAUGCCAGCAAUAUCCAAUGAGGUUUGUCGGAAUUCUGGUGUGCUGAGCCAUAGAGAUUGUGCACAGAGCCAGAC